AUGGGUCUCCUGUGGCUGCCCGGGGCCUCCAGCUACAUGAGCUGUGUGGCAACCGUGAACAGGGGGCUGGACGAGAAAAGCGAAAUCUGUCCCCUGGCCCAGAAGCUGAAGCCCCUCGGGGAGCAGGAGCCCGUGAUCCUGGAGCUAAAGAAGGCCGAGUGCCAGAGGCGGGGCCUGCACUUUGACGGGCCCAUCAACACCUGGGACCUGCGCUACUACAUGAACCAGGGAGAGGAGACGCGCUACCACGAGGACCAGUACCUGCUCAAUGAGUCCUUCCCCAUGCAGGUGGUCACGCGCGGGCUGCUGGGCAUCUCCCAGGAGCUGCUGGGGCUGACCUUCGACCUGGAGGAGGGCGCCAACGUGUGUCACGAAGACGUGAGGCUCUACACGGUCCGGGACGCGGCCUCGGGCAAGGUCAUCAUCGGCAAGUUCUACCUGGACCUCUACCCUCGGGAAGGGAAGUCCGGGCACACGGCCUGCUUCGGCCUGCAGCCGGGCUGCCUGCAGCAGGAUGGGAGCCGCCAGAUCGCCAUCGUGGCCAUGGUGGCCAACUUCACCAAGCCCACGCCCGACCCGCCCUCCCUGCUGCAGCACGAUGAGCUGGAGACCUACUUCCACGAGUUCUGGCAAGCGAUGCACCAGCUCCGCUCCCAGGUGGGUGCGGGCGCGGGGCUGCGGCAGGGGCUGGGGAGGGCCCGGGCGCGCGUGGUCCUCAGGCAGGCCCUCGCCACGGGAUUCUUCCGCUCAUCGUGUUCUCAGGGUCCAUGCACGUGGCAGCGAGUGUCAGGGCUUCACCCCUUUGCGUGGCUGAGGGCCGGAAAAAAGAAAAAAGAAAAGAAAGGCACGUUGCCUGCGAGUCUGGUGACAGCCGGUGAUGAGAACCAGAGGGAAGGCUCUGGGGCCGGGGCACCGCACCCUGUGAGGCCUUGGCGCUGCUGCCAGUCUCGGUGGGGCACGGGCAGCGCCGUCCCCCAGGGGCUGCGGGACAAGCUCAUCAAGUCCCGGCAGGCCAACCCAGGCCUCUUCAACCUGCGCCAGAUCGUCCUGGCCGAGGUGGACCAGGCCCUGCACACGCAGACGCCCGCGGACCCGGCCCAGGAGAAUGCCCACCUCUGCCAGGAGAUCCUCGGGGGCCCAGCCAUGCCAGGGACCCACCUGCCUGCGACCUUCGGCCGCCUGGCAGGAAGAUACAACGCCCAGUCCUAUGGCUACCUGUGCAGCGAGGUGUACUCCGCGGACACGUUCCACACACGCUUCAAGCAGGAGGGCGUCCUGAGUGGCAAGGUUGCCAUGGACUACAGAAGCUGCAUUCUGAGGCCAGGGGGCUCCGAGGAUGCCAAGGGCAUGGUGAAGCUCUUCCUGGGUUGCGACCCCACGCAGGACGCCUUCCUCCUGAGCAAAGGGCUGCAGGUUGAGGGCUGCAAGCCGCCGGCCUGCUGACGGCACGGGGUUUUGCCCACCCAGGCGGGCCGGGUGCCUUAGCGCCCCGUUGGGGCGGGGGAGGGGCCGCGUGUCCUCCCAGCCCCUGAGUCCCUGGCGGCCGGCCUAGGCCAAAAGUCUCCACCUGGAAGUGUCUGGAGAGCCUGGCAUCAAGGCUCCCCCUUGUUGCACUAAUGCAAUCCCUUCCUGGGGAGCUUUCCUGGUAACAAAACGGUUCUUUGAAAACGCAGCCAUUAAUAAAAAGACUCCACUCCUGGUCUCUGCCUGCUGUCCCUUCC